UAGCAUGGUUCAUCGGAGUGACGGCAAACUUGUACAGACUUUUCACCAUCCCGCAACUGUGUACGGAUGCGACUGGAAUCCAAACAACGAGAGUAUUUUCGCCACCGCGUGCGGAGACGGUGUGAUCCGCAUCUACUACCUAAGCAUGGACGGUGGCGUGCCCUUGAAGACGCUGGAGGGACACAAGGAGAAAGCGUUCCGUGUCAAGUGGUCGCCCCUCAGGGACGGUGUGCUAUGCAGCACCUCCGAUGACUGCACCAUCCACGUGUGGAACUACACGUGCGAGUCCGCCGUUCGAGUGCUUCGCGGCCAUCAAGACUUGACGCGCAGCGUGGUCUGGAGCACCGAGCUGAGCCACCUGCUGCUCUCUGGCAGCUGGGACGCCACCAUCCGGCUGUGGGACACGCGCGACGGUGUCUGCAUCUGCGUGCUCUUAGACCACGGCGCUGACAUCUAUGCGCUCGCGUGUCACCCGCGAAGGCCGUUCGUGGUGGCCUCUUCGUCAAGAGACUCGACUGUCCGUGUUUGGUCCAUGCUGCCCCUGGCGUCUGUGCUGUUCUUACGCAUCUUGUGCGGCUGGGACUUGGACUGCGUCGUGGCGCCACAAGGAGAGCAGCCUCUGGGGAGAGGCAAGGAGUUGCUGUGUGGCUCGGCAGCCAGACAGCUGAAGAACUGCUACAAGUCGUCUCGAGACGAAGCCGCGCUCAGGGCCUGGUCCAGUUUCUUUUGUGAUCCGCCGGGAGUCGGUAACCUGUGGGAUCUACUGAGCAUAGUCACAAAAGGAGAAGACGCCCAAGUCUCCGAGUCGUACCAGGAUUCGCAGCUGCUCCACCGCAGUCAUCUGGUCAAGAUGAAAGCCUCGAAGGCGCACGAGUUGGAGCUCGUCACAGCGACGCGCUUCGGUGGCACGGGUGUCGGCGGACCGAGCAGGGAGCAGUCCCUUCAACAGGCGGCGCAGUUGUACCUGUCCACGGGAAACCUUCGCAAGUACUGCGAGAUCCUCACCGAAUUGGGAGCGUGGAACGAGGCCCUCUCCUUAGCCCCAGGAGUAUCUUACCAGUACUGGCGCCACCUUACGAAGAGGAGGUGUGAUCUCCUCGUGAGCGAAGACCGGACUGAAGCCAUAGGAUUAAUGCUGGCGCUAGGAAACGUACCUGAUCUCACCGUAUUUCUCAGGGCCAGGGGACAGGCCGACAGCGCUUACGUUUUGGCACUGGCAACGCGGCAGGCACCAGGCUCCGGAAGCUGCCAAGGUGAUAAGUCUCCGGGCAGCCAGUCGCAAGAAGCCGGCUGUUCUGAAAAGCUUGAACAGGAAUGCACUCAAGAUAUCUCACGGAAGUACCUCUUGGAAGGGAAGCCUACCCUAGCGGCCUGUUGUCACUUGACCAUCAAUGACGUCCGGGGUGCCCUGCGGGCCUUAAUGCGCGGCAACGAACUCGAACUGGCGCUCAGUGUCAUCUUGCAUUCCGGCUGCGAGGAGCCUGCGAAGGCUGCGUCACUCUGUUCCUGGCUGGCCUGGAGGUGUUCUCACACUGGAAACUGGGAAUUGGCGAUGGACCUGCUGGGUCUGUGCAAAGAGGCGCAGGCUGAGAGAAUCGAAAUCCUGGCCGGCUGCGGAUGCUCCUUGGCCGAGAGGAACGCGCUUCACGAGAAGGCUUCUUUGCCUUCUGUCGAGGAGUGUACAUCACUUGCGGAUCAACACAACAAAGAUGGCGACAGCGUGGCAGCGGUUCAGUACUACGUGAUCUCCGAAACCCAAUCCGAGGCUCUAAGGGUCGGGAUGAGUUACGUUAAAGAACAAAUAUCGUCUAAACAGUGGACGCUUGACUCCCUCUGGCGGCCGGUGCGCUGGAUGCAAUGUCUACAUCCAAGGAUAUUGUCCCAAGAGAAGAACGAAGAGUUUUACAAGGAACUUAGGUUCUUUUCUGCGUACGUCGGUGCGCUGAAAGCUCUUCGUGAUGGUUACUGGGCCGUCGUGGCACCCCUCUUGACUCAUGCCAGGGACUUGCUCAGGAAAAAUAAGUUAUUGGAGUUAUUAUUAGAAAAUGAAGUUCUGCUGGACGACAGCGAAACAAUAACCCCCACCAGUGCCGACGCAAAGAAUAGCAUACUGCAGAAUCGAGUGUUUCACAGUGACCGUCUGAGUGAGAAAUUAGGAGGCAAACUAUCGGAGAGCGGAGAAUUCGGGGAGGUUCUUGUCGCCGGUUCACAUCUGCCCAGGCAUUCUGAUCAACGGCGCUCCAUCUUCACCGGAAAACCAAUUCAGGGGCCUGUAUACUACCUAGAUGAAAGCGAGACGGCCGUAUCUCUAAGCGAAGCCAUCAUGUGGGCCAGGGUCAACCUCCUGUCCCCACUAAGGGCGUACAGUCGAAUCGUCCCGUUUUGACUAUCGGCACUAAUAUUGUUGUUUGAAAACUAAUAAUAAAACCAAUAUUGUU